UACUGCUCCGUCUCGGUCGAGUCGUCUCCCUCCUUCCUUCCCACUCUGCAAACCCUAGAUUUUGCAUCUUCCGGAGGAAGUUUUCGCUCUUGCAGACCUCAUCUCGCGCUUCGGCCUCGCUUGCUCCGGCUUCCUUGCUCGAUAAUGGCGGAUUCUCCUCGCAAGAAGUAUUCAAGAUCCCCCUCACCUUGGAGAGAGCAGUCAAGGUCUAGGUCCAGAUCCAGGUCUAGGUCCCCGUCCUGGUCCAAGCACCGGCCGAGGUCACAGUCCAGGAGCCGUGGCAGAUCAAGAUCCAGAAGUCAUGGCAGGGACGAUAACAAUCCUGGAAAUGCACUUUAUGUGACCGGUUUGUCCACUAGGGUCACCGAGAGGGAGCUAGAAGACCACUUUUCGAAAGAGGGGAAGGUUGCUUCUUGCUUCCUUGUGGUGGAGCCUCGCACACGCAUCUCCCGUGGUUUUGCAUUUGUUACCAUGGACUCUGUUGAGGAUGCUAACCGUUGCGUCAAGUAUCUGAAUCAGUCUGUCUUAGAAGGAAGGUACAUCACUGUUGAGAAGUCACGGAGGAAGCGACCGCGGACUCCAACUCCUGGGCAAUAUCUUGGAUUGAAGAGCACUAGGGACCAUGGCUAUCGUGGUGACCGUGGUGGUGACCGUGGUGGUGACCGGGGCGGUGAUCGGGGCGGUGAUCGGGGCGGUGACCGGGGUGGUGACCGUGGUAGGUAUCGCGGUGGCCGGGAUGAUUAUGGGUACCGUAGAUCCCCAAGGCGCUCACCAUUUCGAGGUGGUCGUGAUUAUUCUCCCAGGCGCUCACCUUACGGUGGAAGGUCAAGGAGGGACAGAUCAAGGUCACCUAUCUAUUCUCCUCGUGGUUCUAGGUGAUUGUUCUUCUUAGGAAAAAGUGUGACCAAUUGGCAAGGGAUAUUUUGGUUGGACUAGGUGUGACUUGUUACUGGGGUGUCUUCUAGAGGUGUACGAAACAGUUACUCUUCAUAUCUCUUUGUUAUGCUCAUGCGUCGUACUUUAGAACUUGUUGAUCGAUGAUCUGUAAUAUGAAGUUGUAUUUUGCUUUAUGAAGUGUGUGGCAUGAUGUUUUGCGAUAA